AAUUUAGUGGAAAGAACAAAAACUUAACCGCGUGAUCUUAUUCCACCUGUCACCGGAAGAGAGAGAGAACAACAUAACAACCCCUUCACCAAGAAACAUUUUCCCAUUAUAAAUACAAACCCUCGCUGCUUCACACUCUCUUCGAAGGCACACUUCAAAAAAACAUCAUCUUUUCGUGCUUCCUCCUUCCUUCUCUGGGUUCCACUGUGCCGAUGACUUUUCUUCUCACAACGGAAUCAUCAUCGUCACCGUCAAUUGUCGGCUCCCAGUGUCAACAUUUUCUCUACAUGAACCGUCGCAGACUUUGGAAUACCUUCUUUCGCCACUGGACUUGAUCACCACCUUUCUUCUCCAUUAUUAGGGUUGUUAUAAGUUAAUUCCAUCUUUUUUUUAUUGUCUUUUAUUUUCAAGCUUAGUUUUUUAGUUAUUGUUAUUGAGUAUUGACAUUGUGUAUUGUUGUUGCGCUUUUGGACUAAGUUUAUUCUUCUUUGUUGGUUCCGGGGGUUUAGUUUAAGUUUGUUUGUUAGUUUUCUGAAGCAAUUUCUGUUUGGGUUUGGUUUUUCUUUUUGAUUUUUCGAUGGCCGAACCAAAAUUGAUUCCAGGGUUUCGGUUUCAUCCUACUGAUGUUGAGCUCGUUAUGUAUUUUCUCAAGAGGAAGAUUAUGGGUAGAAAAUUCCCUGUUGAUGUUAUUACUGAACUUGACAUCUACAAGUAUGCUCCAUGGGAUCUACCAGAUAAAUCUUUGCUCAAAAGUGGCGAUUUGAAAUGGUACUUCUUUAGCCCCACAGGGAAGAAAUAUUCCAUUGGAGGGAGGAUGAAUCGAGCGACGGAGAUUGGGUACUGGAAGACUACGGGGAAAGAUAGGUCAAUUCAACAUAACAAUCAACUGGUGGGGAUGAUAAGAACCCUGGUGUUUCACAUUGGCAAAGCUCCUAAAGGAGACCGAACUGAUUGGGUUAUGCAUGAAUUCAGACUUGAUGACAAAUACUUAGCUGACCAAGGCAUUCCACAGAGUUCCUAUGUGAUUUGCAGGGUAUUUCAAAAGGAAGGUCCUGGUCCCAGGAAUGCUGCACAGUAUGGAAAACCAUUUAAUGAGAAAGACUGGGAUAGUGAAGAGGAAUUUGAUUGUGUACAAGCUGUCCCUGUCGCUGUUGUGUCUGCACCAGUUCCUAUUCUACCUAGCUCAAGCUAUAUUUCUGCCACAAAUGACAUGCAUCCAUCGGCAAGUGGAUGCAUUGGUCCGACCCCUGUAUCAUGUCUAUCAAGAUUGAUGCCCUCUGGCUUGGCACAACCUUCAGCUCCAAGCAAUCAAGUUGACAACGGCAUUUUAUCCUUGCUUAGUAUUUUCAAAGAGGAUAAUACAUUGGCCCGGAAUGAAAACAAUGAAUCUGAGAAGGUUGGUAGUCCUGGUCAGGCAAACAAUGCUGAAGGUGCACCUUAUUUAGAUCCAAAUGAGAUUUUUGGCGAAUUGGGAGAUCUUCACAGCUUGGUUGGAUUGGAUGAAGGAGGCGGCUUUUCCUAUGGCCAAAAAAUUGAAUAUACCAAAAACGAAAUGCUUUCUACUGACAACGUGGCUUUGUUUCACGACCCCCAUGAUUUCGUGGAGUUGAAUGACCUAGAGGUGCCUGAGCAGACUAAAGAUGAUGGAAGUUGGGGACAAGAUAAGCAAGCUUAAAAGAUUGAAGUACAAGUAGAAUUUGGUAGUACUAUAGCCGCAAGUACCUAAUAUGGAUUAAAAAGGGUUAUAGAUUCUCUUCCUAUUUCCUUCCAUUGAUGGUAUGAAAUUUGACAAUUUGAAUUUGAACAUUAAUUCCUGGAAUAAGCUAACAUUAUGUAAACUUAUGAAAUUGCGGAAAGCUAAUUUGCAGUAAUUUGUUGGAUUAUCUAUUGUUUGAGUAAAAUCUUGUUAUGUUGAAA